AAUCUCUGGUAAGCCUGUCCCCCUUAGACCGGUGCCAGUAACUGCCGUUCCUCCGAGCUUGGAGCUUCCGUGCCUCCCCCUGGAGCCCACCACUGUCCUACACACGACGUGCUGCCCUGCACCCGCAGCCAUGUGCCGGACCUUGACCGGCUUCCCCACCACCUGCCUGGAGAGAGCCAAAGAGUUCAAGACUCGCCUGGGAAUCUUUCUUCACAAAUCAGACCAGGGCUGUGAUUCCGGGAGUGCUGGCAAGUUCGAGCGGACCAGUAAACACAGCAAAGAGGGAAACAUCUCAGAAGAUGUGCUGGGAUGGAAAGAGUCGUUUGACUUGCUGCUGAGCAGUAAAACUGGAGUGGCUGCUUUCCAUGCUUUCCUGAAGACAGAGUUCAGCGAGGAGAACCUGGAGUUCUGGCUAGCCUGUGAAGAGUUCAAGAAGAUUCGAUCGGCCACCAAGCUAGCGUCCCGGGCUCACAGAAUCUUUGAGGAAUUUGUCCGCAGUGAAGCCCCUAAAGAGGUGAACAUAGACCAUGAGACCAGGGAGCUGACCAGGAUAAACCUGCAGACCGCCAUGGCCACGUGCUUCGAAGUUGCUCAGGGGAAGACGCGCACCCUGAUGGAGAAGGACUCCUAUCCACGCUUUCUGAAGUCACCUGCUUACCGGGACCUGGCUGCCCAAGCCUUGGCUGCCCCUGCCUGUCCGUCCAGCUGCAGCCCAGCUGAGCCCUCGCACACCUGAGCCUCCUGGCAGUGAGGAAGCCAGCCUGCAAGAGAGGUUGAGUCGCCUACCCCUAAGCUGCCGCCUCUGUGCAGGAGGCAGGGUCUUCCAAGCAAGCGGGAGAGGACUGGUGGGGAAAGUCACUGGGCAGCCUGUCUUGGGAGCCACAGCCUCUCCUCCAGAUACUGUGGGCUGAAUUCCAUGCAGGAACUCAGGACCUUGGGGUGAGGGCUGAAGAUGAAGGCUGUCGGGUCUCAGUGGGGAAAGCCACGGUGGUGUGAGAGUUCUUAUUAGCUCUUGUCAUUUUGAAGGGGACUCUUCCAGGGGUUUGGAAAAUGUACAUAAAAGGAAGCUUGAACAAGAAGAGGGAAGGCAGCCAGCUCAGCUGUGUGCCUAGUGAACUGUUGACUUCGAUGGCACCCCGUUUUCCUAUGUCCCAGGCUGUCCUUGCACAGAAAGGAGCCCUGGUUGUAGAACCUUCCCACUCUGUCCCUAUCACCUGCCUCUGCACUGCCAACAUUCCUUUGUCCAGCCUCGCAGUCCUGUCAAGGACAGGGAACCAGUGGGAUGUUUUCCCUGUGAGAUUUUUAUACCUCAAGCACUGACCUUUGAGUCCCUUUCUAAGUCAGUAGAGAGUCCCCAAAAGAGGACAUCUUGCUUGUGUGACAUUAGUCUCGGCAUUCUUGGUGACCUCUUGCAGGUGGUCCCUAAUCCUGGGUUUGCAGCAGGGUCCACCUGUGAGCAGGGCUUUAGCUCUGUGCUGCCCUUGAACGUGGGUCUACGAGGAGAAAGGUUGGUGAGCGGGUGUCCAGUUCUCAUGCUGGGCAAUGAACCAGCAUGUGGAACCAGGGGCAAAAGGACCAUAACUAACACAUUUCCACUUGGCAGUUCCCAAAAGUUCUGCUCAAAUCAAGCCAAUUUUUUUUGUGGGUAUGAGAACAGGGGGGAAAGACACCCCAGGAUGGAAGGGGAGUCUCAUGUUUCUUUCCUGUGAAUGUGAGAUGCACUUUCUCUAGUGUGAGGGCAACUGGUACAGGAGCCAAGAGUUCCCUUGGACCGAACGCAGAAGCUGGGAGGGAGGCUGCUUGGAAGAGCAGACCCGGGGAGCAGAACCUGCUUGUCACCUCAGAAUUACCACUGAACAAACAUUCCGAUAAUGGGAUUUCUGCAGGAGUGUAGGCUGGGAGGGCGAUGAACCAGGAUGCCUCUGACACCCCAGGAAGUGAGCACUGUUGUCUGCACUGUGAGCUUCUCCAGGAGAAAGUUAUUUAAGUAUAACAUAUUGUUAGUUUGGUGACAAUUGUAGCAUAGUAUCUUGGUUUCUGUAGCUGUGUCGUUGCUGUUGUUAUUUAUUAUUGUGAGCUCAGUUUGCCUCUCCUAGCCACUCACAACUGGAGCCGGCAGCCUGACUGUCUCCCUCUCUUGGCCAGACUCUACCUCUGCAGGUGCUGGGAACUUCUUAGCACCUGUUGGGAACUACUGUUAAAAUAUUUAUUUAUUGUUGACAACUGGAGCUGGUUUCCGAGAUAAGCAUAAUGUAUUCAACCCCUGUCUUCCUGUUUCAGCAUGUAAUAUUCUUAUAAAAUAAAAAUAAAGUCAAA